UAGGGGUGCCGCACGGCCCGCGAUUUCCUAUCCCAACGCGCUGACACGCGCUAAAACCGAAAAUUGCGCAAUGUUUGAGGCUCAAAGUUGGGCAUUUAACGGACAAAAAACGCCUAGAUUUUUGUAUCAGUAGUUGAAGAGGGUUCUUAUCUGCAUAUCUGUGAAAGUUUUAUAAAAAUACCUUCAACCAUAAGCGAGCAAUCGCCCGCCGGGAAAUGCGUGUUUUGCCCGCGGCGCCAUGAACGCCCUCCCCCGUGCGCAGUAUUGCCGGGGGCCGGUUGCGUUCGAAAGGGAUUGCGGGAUUUGUCUACAAUCGUAAACAAGAAAGUUAGCCACCAAUUUGUAGCCGACACUUCGAGCUACAAAAUGCUACCACCGUUAAACGGGUGCGACGUCGGUGUGAAAAAAUAUUCGCAUGUAAACUUUUCAAAGUCGAUUAUCUCAGCAAUGUCCCUCCGUAAAAAAUUUUUAACGGUUAUAUUUUUGAAAAAUUCAGAAGUUUGCCUUUCUGUUGGUACCAAAUUCGCAUAUAUUUGAGCGAUUACAACGCCCGGAACAUGGGGCUACUUUUAGCAUUACCGACUGGAUUUUCUCGAUUUCCAACAUGGCGUCCGCUUCGCCCGGGGGCGAAGAUCGAUCUCACGAUGCCGGGAUUUCUGCGACAUCCGACUCAAAUGAGGCCGCUAAUAUACCCAAAAGGCCAGGAAUAUCUGUUGUUGGGCCAGAGUGCGAGAAGGCAGGCAUCACACCCACGGUGUUGCAGAACGGAUGGACCAGCCAGCAGAUGGACGAGCCAGCUCCCACGAUAACCAACAUGAUGGUGGCUGAAAUCGAAGCUUUUCGCACCAAGACGAAGGCAACACUUCCUGAUGCCAAACAGUGGCUGGAAGGACUACUUGGGAAAGGCUUCUUUGAUGAUGUGAAGAAAACCAGCUUUGAGUACUCUCUGACAUCAAGGAGAGAGAAGAUGAAUAAGGCAAAACAAAACAAGACCCCAAAACUUCUCGACUACCUGAAACAAACAUACACAAAGCCCAUCCCAAGAAAUGCACAACCAAACAAUCCAGAACCAUCAACCUCUAAUCUUUCUCAGAAGCUUGAAGCUGCAAAGAAGUCCAAGGGUAUACUACAGAGAGAACUCAAGGAGAAAGAUUUGGAAAUUCAGGGCAUGGUUGUGAAGAAUUUCAGCUUGGAAAAACAGCUGGAAGCAAAGGAUAGACAAAAAGAGAAGGAAGAGAAAAGGAUGAGAAAGAAGGAGAAGCUGUUAGAAAAGAGAGAAGCAGAAAUGAAGGAGAGUGCUAUCGAACUCAACAUAAGGAACUGGAAAGAAAAGUUGAGACGGAGGGACAGCAACAUAACAAAGCUUAAAGAGUUAGCAAAGGGCUCCAAGAAUACAGCAGCAAAACUUCAGCAGUUGAAGAAGGACAAGGGAAAGGGUAGCCGUCAACUGCAGUACUUCAAGAAGAGAACUAGAGCAUUGGAGGAAGAGCUGAAAGACUUAAAGAAGAAGAACAAAACAAAGGACAAAAGACUUUCCCAACUCGAGCAAGAAGUUGAGGACCUUGUAGAGCAGGCGUUGGAAAAGCGAGAAAUCAAGCUACGUGAGGGCCCCCACAAAAACAGUGCUUUCACAGAAGAUGUGAGGGAAUGCUUCAUGGCACUGUUGACCUAUGAAGUGAGCUCCCACAACUUAUCCAAGGUAGCUUGGUGUGUGCUGACAAUCCUUGCCAAGAUUAAAGUUAAGCUAUCUGACUUCCCUGGUGAAACAUUUUGCCAGGAGAUGAGGAAUGAAGCCAACCUCACAGCCACCGUCCAUGUAGCUGAAGUCAUUGCUCAGAAGAGUAAUAACACGAUCCACAGUGAUGGCACUAGCAGAGAUCAGCAGAAAGUUGUGGGUCUGCAAGCCUCAUGUGGAGGAAAGACAGCUACAAUGGGUCUGCAAGAAGUGACGAGUGGAGUUGCUGAAGAACAGCUGGAGGCAUUUAAGUUCACUUGCAACAAGAUGGCGCAGCUGACAGCCUCCCCAGAAAGGGUAGAAGCCAGAUAUAAUGAGCUGGUGUCAUCCUUCAAGAACACUAUGGGCGAUGGCGCUGCAAGUCAGAAGCGUUUUAACCAGCUACUUGAAGAGUAUCGACAGGAAAUACUACCACAUGUGCAACAAAACUGGGAAACCCUGACCACACAGCAGCAGGAGAGCUUGUCGAAAAUGAACCACAUGUACUGCAACCUCCAUGCUUUAAUUGGGUUUGCAACCUAUGCAGAUGAGGCUCUUACUGAGCUGGAGACGAAAGUGUGGCGGGCAAGGGAUGGGCCGCUGGGUGUCGAAGAUCUUAGGGAGUUUCAAGACAAGAAUGGAAGGUACAGUUGGCCCCUGAAAGACUCCGCCACACAAAGGCUCGUAAGAACAACCUGUUCUGCCUUUGGGCCAGAGGGAAGCCAGAGCGCGGGGCGAAUUCAGGCAUUCAAGGAUUUUCUGCACCUGUCCUCUAAGUCCGUCGAUGGUGAGGAGGUGCAGAACAAGAAAAGCCUUGUCAAGCUGCUUUCGUUCCGCGCUAACCGCUUUAACAUUGUGUUUAAAGCUGCUGCAGCAGUCUACCACCACAAUGGCGACAUCCGACGGUUGUUUGAAGAGGGGUUUGUGAAGGCAGACAACAAACUACUAAAAGCUGUGCUGGCAGACUGCUCUUGCGAUCCACUGCUUGCAGGCUGCAGGGCAUUGGGAAUCAUUGCUGUCCAGAUCACUGAACCUUACUGGAGACUGAUUGAAAUGAAGGAUGUCCACAUUCUUGAUCUGUCUUCCCACCUUCAAUCAGCCCUAGCCAAGUUUAAGCAGUGGGCGAAGGAUGCUACACCACUUCUCCAACCUGACAUGCCACCACUCUUCCACACAACACAGCCAGUACAACCUAUCAAAGAUGAGGUCUUCAACUCUCUGUACAACAAUACCUCUGACAACAUCUCCACUAUGACAAAGCAGGCCCUGGAAGUGAUUCUGUCCCACAUGAUCGUGGUCCUGGAAAGAAGAUUUCCUGAACAGUUAUAUGGGGCAUAUUCAGACAGCAGCAAUCCAACACAGAGAGAAGAAAUGAAGGGAAUGGAAAAGAGCAACAGAAGGGGGGAGAAUGACUUUGGUUAUUGGUCCCAGAUCCUGACAACCAAACCUUCCAUCUCUCUAAUGGCUGCUGAGGGCCAGCUAAUGUUCAAAACAAACAAAACUGCAGAAUGGUUGAGGAAGUUGUCAAAGGACAACCCUGGCAGGUACAGUGCAAUACUGUCACUCGUCAAAAAGAGGAAGAAUGAGUGGAAGAAGAAGUAUGCAGAAAGAGAAAAUGAGCAACAAGAAGCCAGAGAGGCUAAGUUACAAGCUCAAGCAGAGGAGCAUGCAAGAAAAAUCAAAAAGAAAGAAGAACAGCAGGAUGGAAGGAAGAAACAGUUGGAAGAGUAUGGAGGGCCAGCUUCAACCCCUGCAGAAUGUGAGGAAUUCAUUGCAACCGUGUCACCACUUCCAGAGAACAAGGAGAAACUUGCUCUCAGGGCACACAUAACGUACCUAAAGGAGAAACACCCUGCUUUUGCAAAGUCCAACAGCCUGUUCAUACUUUCAUCUGGUGGAAGAGACCAUAAACCUGACAUUCUGUCUGCAAACUUGCGUUCGAUUUUACGCUCACCAGAACUCCAAACUCAAAGUGAAGCAGCUACAGAGCCAGAAGAGGCAACAACAUCCGCCCCACAGCAGCGGUUGACAGCUGAGGAUGCUAAUGACAAAGUUGACAGAAUUAAGGCACAGUUUGCAAAGAAGGCAGCAGAAUGCAGUAAACAGCCUCGUAAUGUUGAAAGACCAGUUGAGGGUGCAGAAAACAGUGAGAGCAUCGACUGGGAUGACAGUGAAGAGGAAAGUGAUGCAGAGGAGAGUGAUGCAGAGGAGAGUGAUGCAGAGGAGAGUGAUGCAGAGGAGAGUGAUGCAGAGGAGAGUGAUGCAGAGGAGAGUGAUGCAGAGGAGAGUGAUGCAGAGGAGAGUGAUGCAGAGGAGAGGAAUGCGGAGGAGAGUUCGGAGGAAGAUGGAGAAGAAAGCAAACAACACAGGGAGGAACCUCCAGCAAAGAAACAAAGACUGUCAGACUCAGAGAAAGAUGAGGAAGAUGAAGAGGACAUUGUUAAUGGAAGCAUGGUUGUAGUUGCCUAUGAGGAUGAUUGGGCUUUGGGCGAAGUGAAGGAAGUGAAGGAUGACGGUGAACUGGUUAUAAAGUAUAUGCAGAGAAAGAAAUCUAAGAAAGGAAAGUGUACUUUCUUUUGGCCAAGGAGAGGAUGUGUAUACACAGUAGAGGAUAAGUUUAUCCUAUGUACAGUAGCAAGCUCCAGUGUACUACCAAACAAAGACACUUUAGGAAGAGACAGUGUAAUUUCAGAUGAUGACUUCACUGAGAUCCAGAGAAAAUACAACAUCUACUACAAUCAAUACUUCGCCAAGGGCCAGCACCGAUGAUCCUCCUGAAAAAGAAAAUACUUAGAGUUAUUCCUGCUCAUGAUAUAGCAACAAUACAGGAUAGAUAUACACAUUCAGUAUAACAUGGUACAUAGAACUAUGUUGAGUGCCCUAAGGAUAUACAGUGAAAGAUAUUGUUUCACAUGAUUCAUAUGUAUGUCAAAUGUAAUGUGAGCAUUUUGUUAACCUUAUCAAUGUCAUAAAACUAGUAUAUGCACAUCAGAUGUGUCAAUUUUGAUGGCAGAUUUGGACUCGGCAUGUGCAAAAACCCCCUAGGAGCAAAGUUUGUGCAGAUUCGUCCAACUACUAGCGAAAUAUUGUGAUUUCGCAUAUUUAAUGAGGGGACUUAGUAAUUAUUACGCCCAAAAUGUAGUCAAGUGUCAUAAAAUCAUAUUUUGUGAUGAGAUACAUCAAUUUUAAUGUCAUAUUUGGAUUCAGCACCCAGAAAAACCCCCAGGAUGUAAAGUUUGUAGGAAUUGAUCAAAGUAUAUGAGAAAUAUUGCAAUUUUGCAUAUUUAAUGAGCUGACUUAGAAAUUUUCUUGUUGACCUUCGUCGACGUACCUGUUUAUUCUGUAAAUAUUUACCAUGUUUCGAGGUUAUGUAACUCAGGAAAUGAUGACUCUACAAAGCUGAAGUUUCUACAUGUUUUAAUAUGCUAACAAUAAAGUCUUUAAAAGGUGAAUUGAUGGUUGUGUGAUAUUCUGUUCUCAAAAUAUAUAAGUAUGAAUAUUUGAUAAAAUUGCUUAUUUACCGAAUUCGUUAAAACAAAGGCCCCAAAACGAAACUUAAAUUGUAAAUAUCUCGGCCAUACAACAUCCAAUUUGCUUCAAACAAAAACUAUUUUGUUUCUUUCAGUAAGCUCUUUCUGAUGAACUUAAUUGCAAAUUGCUAAGAACAAGUUGAAUUUUUUGUCCAAUACCCCU